CGCCGACAACGUGCUCCAAGUACCGGGCGCGUUGAUCGCCAGUUGUGCUCACGCUCCAUCCGCGAGGAUGGGUUUUGUGUUUUGACAGUUUUUGGUUUUGUUCUCGCUUUUUUUUUUGUUGUUUUUUGGAUUUUUCGUACGGCUGGUGCGUCCGGAAGAACGCUCAAAAAUCCUGGACCAAUGCGAAGCAUCACCAGUGUCCAGUGCGAAACAAUUUAGUGAUCGGUGCAAUAAUGGACGUCAGUGUUGAGCCAUUAGCGGAAUAAGGAAUAAUGAAACUGUUUGAGUCGAGAAUGCUUUGGAUGGCCAUUCUGGGUGCCAUAUUGGUGUGGUUUAUGUCCCCUGGAGCUGAUGCCAACUUUCAACGUACGAGAGUGUCGUCUUACCAAAUCAGUCCGAAACCGUGUUGGGUGGACGGGCAGGAGGGCACGUGCAUGUUCGUGUACGAGUGCAUCAAAUCGGAGGGCUACCACAUAGGUAUGUGCGUCGACACGUUCAUGUUCGGGUCUUGUUGCGCCCACAACGCGACCGAGAACGUCGUCGAGCCGCACCACAACCACCACCGUCCGAAUCCGGAGCCGUCAGUGCUCUACACCGCUCCUAGUCAUCAUAGUCAUAUCACCAAGAAGCCAAUCAAACCACUUAGUCAUAGCAGACCCAAACCACCAAGUCAAAGUCAACUAAGUCAAUCGACACGGACGCCGUCGGUUGCGGCAUCUGUGAACGUGCGUCCGAGCUCGUCGUCGCGGCUGCCGACGCAACCGCCCCGCCACAGCCUUCUGCCGAUGAGCACAGAUGCCUUCUCGGUGGCGAACAGCAUAUCGAUCGGGCACUACACGAAACCCGGAUGGCAAUCGACCACCGAACCGGGUUUCAUCACGUCCCUACACCACAACGCCAUCCAGACGGGGGUGAAAACCACCCAGUGGCAGUUCACGACCGAACCCGGCUACGUGACGAGGGUGAAGGCGAAGCCGAGCAGCUUCAAGCCGAAGCCGAAGCCGACCAAGAAACCCAUACAGGUCGUCGGCGGCAAGAACACGACCAAGCUGACUUUGAUAAAGGACUCUGUUACGACCAAACGGCCGCCGACAGCAAUAAACCCGGCCGUCAACACGGAAGUUACGAUACAAAAAGUGUCGCUGGCACCGGAUUUAACGCCGACGUCGACGUUCAGCAGCGUCGUUUCCGCGUCCACCGUCGAGAGGCACGAUUGUGGCGUUCCGCAGAUGUUCGCUCAGCCGCAGACGCGAAUCGUCGGUGGAAAAAACGCCCCAUUUGGACGCUGGCCUUGGCAGGUUUCGGUUAGACGUACGUCGUUUUUCGGAUUUUCCAGCACACAUCGAUGCGGCGGCGCCAUUCUCAACGAAAACUGGAUCGCCACCGCCGGACAUUGUGUAGACGAUUUACUCACAUCUCAAAUCAGGAUCAGGGUGGGGGAGUACGACUUUUCGAGCGUGCAGGAGGAACUACCGUACGUUGAGAGGGCGGUGGCCAGGAAGAUCGUCCAUCCGAAGUACAACUUCUUCACCUACGAGUACGAUCUGGCGCUGGUGCAGCUGGACAAACCCCUGGAGUUCGCCAAACAUAUCUCGCCCAUAUGCUUACCAGCUUCCGACGACCUACUAAUAGGCGAGAACGCCACCGUCACCGGCUGGGGGCGGCUCAGCGAGGGUGGCACUCUACCCUCCGUUCUUCAAGAGGUGCAGGUUCCCAUCGUGAGCAACGACCGUUGCAAGAGCAUGUUCCUGCGUGCGGGCCGGCACGAGUUCAUACCGGAGAUAUUCCUGUGUGCCGGCCACGAAGGCGGCGGCCAGGACUCGUGCCAGGGCGACUCGGGCGGACCGCUCCAGGUGCGUGGCAAGGACGGACGCUACUUCCUCGCCGGCAUCAUAUCGUGGGGCAUCGGCUGCGCCGAGGCCAACCUGCCCGGCGUCUGCACCAGGAUCUCGAAGUUCGUGCCGUGGAUUUUGAAGAACGUCACGUAAUGGUAACCUGGAGCAUCAACCCAUUGUCAAUCAAGUAGUUUUUGCACGUCUUAAUCAAAUAAAUUGUUAUUUGUGUUUUAUUUCCCUUUGAAGACUGUAUAAAUGAAAAUCUCACACUCAAUUUCUGAACUGUUUAUUUGUACUGUUUAUCGUAACAUCGUAAAUAAUAUAGCUGAUGUUAAUGAAGUAAACAAACCAGAACUGAUUUAAUCAUCAAGUAAUUUUCAUUAAUAUUGCACAACGUUCUUGUAUUUAUAAAUGAUUGUGUCAUUUUAUGCCGUAAAAUAAUAGUAAAUCAUAGUUAAUUCCGCCUUUAUCGCAUUUAUACACAAACCGUAAAUAACUUGAAAACCGUUGAGAUUUCCAUUUACACUUGUCACUCGACAAUAAGUGCAACGUAAUUAUUUUCUUUUACUUAAACACCCAUUUAUUGCAUCGAUUUUCACUCCGGUUAAGGAGCAAGAAAAACGUAUUUUCCCCAUUUUUAUUCAAUUUUGUCGCGGUCUUUGUGUAUUAAUUGUCGAAGAGCUCCAAUUUUUUUCACCGAGGCGUCGAAUUCGUUAAUUAACAGUGCGCAGUUUUAAUAAAGAAACUUGAUUUCCACUGUUAUUCGAAUCGUUAAUUUUGAUUUCAAUUUCCACCGUCGACCCUCCACUACGGAAACAUUUUUAUGUCACUUUUUAUUUGUGUUGCCCCAGCAAUUAAUUCUGGUGAAACAUUGAAAAAAAAAAACAACAAUCCUCCGAUUUGGAACAGAAAAUUGGCUGGCGAAGUUUCCGGACCUGCGGGAACCGGACCGACCCCGUUUCGUUGGCUGCUUAUAGUUUCAGCGUUUAAAGUGAUCAUAAAUCACAUUCAUGCUGUUCGAAAAACCGCGGUUUUACGACCACUAAUAAAAUUUUACACUCCGAAUCGCCGAACGGUCCCCAUGUUCUUCUGUCUGGGAAUUCGAAUUGCGAUUGUCCAUCAAUUGCCCUGAAAAACAUUGUACGCAUAAUAUAUAAAUAACGAAAACUUUUGUACAUAUGCAUUAAUUUAUUUCGAUUGUUAAAGUAGGUUAAUGAAGUUGCAAGUAAAUUUUGUUUUGUUAAUAAUUAGUAAGGUAUUCUCACGAACGUAUCAGUUUAAAUUACGUGAAACCAAAUAUUCAAAUAAGUGUACAUAAUUAGUUGUGUGUAUUUAUGUAUGUAAUUCUGUAGUAGUGUUUUAGGGCGUUAUUUCUUUGUGCAGUAUCAUUAUUUAUGUUUGUAAUCGAUUUAUUUAAGCUAUGAUAAAAUGCAAUUAAAUCAUUGGUUUCGAUCCAAUGUUGUGAUAUGAUACAAUGACUAUUAUAAUAUUAUAUUUUUUCAAUCACCACGCAACCUAAGGAUUUAAUUUAAUUCGGCUCUCUAGUUCACAAUUAUAAUCCAUUUCAUUUCUAAACUAAACUCUUGUUGCAUUUUAGCCCCGUCAAAAAGUGGGAUGAAAAGCUUUGAUUAAACAGUUCGUUUCGGUAGUUCAACAGAAGUUCCAACUUCGAUCUAAUAAUGCGGAUAUGUCUGCAUAAACACAGUUCGCGAAAAGCCGGAAAAGUUUGGAGUAACAGUACAUGCAAUUUAAUUCCGCAUCCUAAAUACACGUUAAAUAUUGCCCCCGCCAUCUCGGAAAUUAAAUUUUCAAUUCAUCCACAAACGGAUUUAACACCGUUUUAAUAAAAGGGCCAUUGUGUAUUCGAUUUAGCCUGUUUAUUAACUUCGUCCAUAAAUAAUGCGCCCGGUAAAAUUUGAGCAGAACGCGCCGUUUGCAUAAACAGAUUACGUUAAAUGAGGAAAUUAAGAACCGCCGUGCGGUGAAAAUGGUGGUGCCUUUUCGCGGCAAAUUAGACACUAUUUUUCACGAGCCGGAAGUGGCCCGAAUGACUUUACUCGAAACAGCUGUGUGUGUGCGGGGCGGCAAUCCGGCCGAAAUUUAAACGGUUUUUCUAAGGAUUUAAUUUCGAAAUAAUAUUCUCAUUUCCUUUUAGGCACAUCGAAUGGGAAAUAACGAACCUUCACGUCACUGUCGGCUUACUUGUUACUAACUAACUGCCUUAUUAAACUUAAUGCGAGCUUCAACUUUACCUGUUUGCUGAAGUUUUCAAUUUGGAACGCUAUUUCGUAGUUGAAUGAAUAAAAAUUAAAACAAUCAGAUUUAGUUUAGAAAUGAGAUGACAGUUAAUUAAAUUUGUUGAUCUGAAAUCAUUUCGUUGCUGAUAGCUGUGAGUAGAUGUUUUAGGUUUCGGCCUAUUAAUAAAUAUUAAUUAUUGCAAUAAUUUUAAUACUAUAAUUUAUUAGUUAAUUGCAUCAGGGUUAACUUUUAUUGCUUAUUAAGUUAUUAUACAUAUGUACGUUUUAUUGAUUGUAAAUAUGGUAAAUUAUAUUUUUUUAUA